AUGGCUUUCGGCGAGGUUUUACACUACGUGACGCAGCCUACAGGCUGGCCAGAACCAGUGCGCGGCAUCGCUUCCUUAUUGUCACCGUUGCAUUACGCAGACCGGCCAGGCGGCGAGGAGUGUCUUGCGUCGCCACCGAAGCCCUCCGAGUCACUCUCGGCUCGUGAAACGCCUUCCCCGGGCUCAUUUACUGCAAUGGAUUUUCAGGGCUUGAUUCAUUCGACAGCUGCAGGGUUAAGCGCACUUGCUGAGCUUCCUCGCUAUGGUGGCGAGAGGUCUACUGUUCCCCUUUGGUCUCAACUUCUUCAUGCGUUGGUAAGAACACUAUCGUCGGAAGUUCUAAUUCUUGAAGAUGCACCAUUCGUUAUGCCACAAGCUCAGAACGUGGCAAGUCAGCCGUCAAAUUUGAUUGACGGGCAUGCGACCCUUCUUGCUGCACAUGCAAUCUUCUCUGCACCUAGAACUCAUUCAGACAGAUAUAGCACCAGCUCAGGAAGCGAAGAAGACGAAGAAGAACUGAUGUAUUCCGCAGACUCUGACUCAUGCAAUGGUUCACUCGACUCACUCGACCUGCCCUUGCAAGCGCAUAUGCUCCCAGGUCGAGGCAGAUGCCUUUCUGCAGUGGUGCCAGUCUUACUAGUCGCCGACGCCCGUAAUAUCGUGCCCCUGCUUUCCAGCGCUCUUUACCAGAGACAUGUGUGGGGGAUUCUUCAGCCCGUGGUCGGCCUGUGCUGUUCGAGCACAGCGCAUCUCGCUUUAGCAGCGGAUGAUCAUUUAAAUCCCUUGGUGGGAGUUUUUGACUUUACUGACACCAAUUCUGCCACCUGCCUCGCGCAGUUCGUUUUGGGGUUGCGGAGUCAUUUUGAAGAUAUCAAGGGUGCCACAUCGAUAGAAGCAGUCGAUUCUCUGACUCCGUUGCACUGGAGAUCUGAUUUACCCGACUUUGAAACUCAGUUUGGGGGACGACUGGACGAACGGGUGGCGUCUUGGACCCACCAUGUACAUGUGCAGACGAGUUCUAGCGAGGCAUCAUCUUCAUCUACUCCUUGUACCCCGUCCCCGCUCUCGGAUCCUGCGCUUGUACCUUGUGAGAAUAUGAGUCCUCAAGACCUUCACAGUAUCAUCGAGGAGGAACAGUCCCCAUCCGCUACUCAAGGAGACAUACGCGACUGGCGAGAUGAAACGGUAAAUCCAGGUCUUGUAAUUACCCUAGGAAGGUCAUCGCGACCACCGUCCUUGAAGGACUCCUCGCAGAGGUCAUCCAGUCUAUCUCGCCAACCAGUACACGACGUCAAGAAGAGAUCUUCUUCGACUUCAUCACGAGCACCUAGCCAAAUCUCAAACUCGAGCCUCGCCCGCAAAAGCGAUGCUGGCCUUGUGGAUGAUUUAACCAUGUCCAAUUGGCUAUUCGAAAGGAUGGCCUUCACUGUAGGUCGCAUCCCACUCCCCGGGGAACUACAGCACGAAACGGGGAUUAAUGACAUGGUUAAAACCUAUGAUGAAAUGACGGCAUUUACCUGGUCGGACGAGGUGCACCCCAUACUCUCGGAGUCUACAAUUGAUAGCUCGGUAUUGGAUGUCCGAUCAGAACUAUUCGACAAAGCCGCCAAUCAUAUCAGUCAGUCGAGCGCAAUCGACAUUCCUUCGUCGGAUGUCGAGUUCAUUUCAGUUCAGCUAUCUGCGUUGUUGCACGCCGUAAAAGGCGCUCGCCAUUGUAAUGGUGUAGCAAAAUCACACGGCGCCAACGAGACUGAAUGGCGCCACGAGUGGGAUGCCUUACUCCUCAACUUCUUCCAACCUGUUCCCGGUCAACGGGAUGUCCUGUUAGAGCGAUACUUGAACUCCCCUCGCAACCUUGCUGCUGAUGACACGUUCUUUGCAGAACGCGCAGAGUCUCUCACUACAGAUUACCUUUUUUUGUGUACCGCCCAGCGUGCUGCUGUGCGUAGCACCAACCAGUCUGACUUGGAUAUUGUGAAGCAAGCUGUUGCGGCGAUCACACAAGCGGCUCAAUUUUCUGGCGAUAUCGCGGGCCGUCGUGAUGCACCUGCAAAGAUUGCAGGUCAUUCCUGCAUAGAACCACGGACAGCCAAAUGUGAUGCCGUCCUUGUUGUCCCAUGUUCUGGGGCCACUACUGCGAUGCUUCAACGCCUACGUAAUAGCAAAGAGAAAGAGCGAAAAAACUUUCUCGACACUUUCAUCCUAAUUCGAGGUUCACAGGCGGAGAAGGAUGACUCCGUACUGGCCAAGAGUGAACCUUCCUCCCAGACUAAAGAGCUCGUUGGUCCCAGUCACAAGUCCAUAUCCGAUAGACAUCUUCAGGUGCCCUCCUCUCAUGUAUCGGAAUCCAAGAAGAAAAAACACGAGCAGAACCCAUUGCAUGAUCUAUUUCUCGUCCAUCCUGAUGGCACUCUACCGACAGAUGUAUUUUCUGGGCAGAUGUCCUGGCCCGAGCCCAGAGACCUACUCCUCCCGGUGCUGCUCUCUGAGUACAAGAAGAAUGACACAUCCAUGAUCUUGCAAGCCACAAAUCAGAUGAGGACCUACCUAGUUUCUGCAAUUACCUUCCUUUCCGCGCUCGGCAUCACAAACGAGCCUGUCUUUGGACUAGUUGUCAAUGGGCCACGUGGUGCAGUCACAAUGGCAUGGAAGAAAGGCGAGAAAAUCUACAUUAUGGAACGCAAUGUGCGACAUUACAACAUCACCGAUCCACUUCAAGCAUUUCAAUUUGUAGCUGUCCUGCUCCGGCUCGCGCGCCAUGGCCUGAUUCUUCGUCAGAAGUUCGAGGAGAAACAAGGCGCAUUCUAUGAGAGUAUUUCAUCGAAAACGUUCAAGCCGUGGUCAAAGCUUGCUCAAUUGAGUGAAGAGAAGGAUAAAUCGGAGGCAGUACAGCAAACAGGUUCGGAGCAGGUGGGUGAACGGGGUCGGAGCAGCAAGGAAUCUGGUAAAUGAAUGGGGAGUACAAAGGGGAAGAUUAUGCAUAACAGAUAGCGGAACACGCUAGCCUCGCCACCGCUCGCAAAAUGUCCAAUUUUUUUCCGUCCACAUACAAUAAGACCAUCAAUGUUUCUGUUUUCCGAUGGUGCUGAAUGUUUCUUGAUCGGAACACGGAUAAUCACCGCACUUGCACACGCCAUCAUCGGCAUCUAAUUCCAUCCAAGAGUUGUAAUCUUGUGGUCGAAUUCUGAUGAACUCUGAUUUGAACCCUCGAAACCCAAUCAUUAACUCGAGGAGUCUGAAAAUCAAU